GAGGUCAGCUUGAUAAACGAGCCAAUAGCGCUCCGUUCCGCAAAUCUCCGCCAAGAAAAGGGAGUAAAAAAAGAACAUCUGUCACCGAAUUUAAUGGUUCCAAGAUCAGAGACGAAACGGAACGGAGUGGAAAAGAAAGAGUAAAUUUUCACGGCCGCUUGUGGUUUGGCGAAUUCCUGAACUAAAGCGCCACUUAAUUGUUAAGUUUCGGUUUUUGUUUUUGUUCUUUAUCACCACCACAAUCAGGAGGGGUAGAUACAUUUAAUUGUUUGAUUGGUGAUCGGAGAAGCAUAUUAGGAGAUAGGAGAUAAAUUUUUACCAGAAAAGAGGGACUUAAUUCCUUCGAUUCGAAGAAUUCACAAUGGAAUAUGUUGCACAAGGCUUCCGAACACCUUUUGAGUUUUACACAUGGAUGAUGUCAAAAAGUGAUACCAGGACAAUCAACUGGCCACUAUGCGGUAGUCCAUUUCCUAUUUUGUCAAUUAUAUUUUCCUAUGUGUACUUUGUGAAAGUCUUGGGUCCCCAAUGGAUGAAAGACAGACCGCCAUUUAAGAUUGAAAGACUUAUUGUAUGGUACAAUAUUUUAAUGGUCAUCUUUUCAGCAGGCUUCUUUAUUUAUGGUGGAAGCUAUUCAUACAUACCUCCUUGGGGACAAUUUAGUUGGAUUUGUGAACCAAUCAACUAUGCAGAUGAUCCCGAUACGAUAAAAAUGAUUUCUAUAGGAUGGUGGUUUCUUUUGCUAAAAAUAGCAGAAUUUUCUGAUACGAUAUUUUUUGUUCUUCGUAAAAAGUUCAACCACAUAUCUGCUCUUCAUGUUAUUCAUCAUUCAUUAGUUGCUUGGGGUAUCUGGAUAGGCAUGAAAUUUGGUGCAGGAGGAAGUAAUGCCUUUUUCCCGUUUAUAAAUUGUUUUGUGCACACAAUCAUGUAUUCAUACUACUGUCUUGCCGCACUUGGUCCAGGAAUGCGAAAGUACCUCUGGUGGAAAAAGUACCUCACAAUUAUUCAAAUGGUUCAGUUCGUACUCGCAUUUGUCCACGCAAUGGUGCCUCUCUUCUAUGACUGUGGCUAUCAGAAAGGAUUUGCUUAUGCUGUCAUGGGUCAUGCCCUCCUGUUUAUGGUCAUGUUCAUCAACUUUUAUCGCAACACAUACAACAAACAGAAAAAGAUUGAUUUAGAAACAAAAUCCAAACAAAUGACCUCAACGGAAGAAAAUCAUCAAAGCAAUGGUGUUCGAACUCGACAUUCCAAACGUCUUAGCCAAGUGGAAAAAGAAAAUGGCUACGCUCAUGAGAAAGUGCAUUGAUAAUAACUCUCAGUAUCGAAUCUUUUUGGAUUUUCAUAUUUAUUUUAUUGGGACUGGUAUAAGACGCACACAGAGGUUUUUACCUACUGCUGACACUGAUAAGGAAAAUUGUUAUGACUUCAUAAUAUGAAUUGUUAUGACUUUAUAAUUAUGAAUUUUUUAACGGUUUUCUCGAGUGCUCUUCUGAAAAUGGUUACCAGCAAUUUAUGUUUACAUUUUGCCAAGAUCUUUUAAGAUUUUUGAAGCAAAAUGAUAACUGUGUUAUACCUCAAAACGAACGGAUUCAAUUUAAAUGUGUGUGGCGAGUUAUUCUCUGUUAUUUUGUUGAAAUUGUUUCGUUCUAUUUUUUAUGAAAUUUAUUACGAUUUAUAUCUAAUUAUUUUUUGAAAUUUUUAUGAUCGAUUUUGUUAUAAGAUUCGUACAAUAUUUUGUAUAGUUCAGUACAAAGGAACCGGAUCCAUACGGUUCCUUAAAAAAUUGAUGAAUUGUAACAAAAUUAUGAAGAAUAAAAUAUUACACCUGUUCGUUA